UACUGCACUCGCUGUUGGGCUCAUAUCCCUUCCCUGAUUACCAAUGGACUACACCUGGUCCCCAAACUGAAGGAGGUUCCUCUGCAGUGCAGGACAUGUCGGCUGACGGAACACGAAAAUAAGCUGUUUAUACCGAAAAGGUGAAGCUUUACUCUGGAUCAGAGCGGUCAAGCGAACAUGGAUCCCGACUACAUGUCGACCGGCAGUUUUCGGUGAGAAAAUUGUGGAAAUGAGUCGCCUCUUACCGGAGAUCAGCGGAGCUUUUGUCGUGCUGCAGCUUCUUGAGAGACUGGCGUCAACACACUCGUGGCCACACCCCUCCGAUUAUCAGUCCAUCACUCUAAAUUUCCUCAUCCACAAAUCUUUCAUCCUCGCUCAAAUUAAUGGGAAAAUUGUUGCUUUCUUGGUCAGAAUAGCUCUUGUUGCUGGAGGCUCACAUUGUAAACAAUGUGAGGAUGUGAGAAGCCCUACAACCCGUGAUGUCACGCACACAUCGUCUGCUACUUCCGGUAAAGUCAAGGCUUUUUUAUUAGCAACCAAAAGUUGCAAACUUUAUCGUGGAUGUUCUCUACUAAAUCCUUUCAGCAAAAAUAUGGCAAUAUCGCGAAAUGAUCAAGUAUGACAAAUAGAAUGGACCUGCUAUCCCCGUUUAAAUAAAAAAAUCUAAUUUCAGUAGGCCUGUAAUAUAUUGAUUUAAUGUCAUGUAAUAUGACUUCAACAUCAUUUAUGUUAAUAUAAGAGGUUAUUUGCCAACCAGCUCCACUUUUGAGUAUUUAUUUAAUUUUUUAUUGAACAAUUAAACAUACGUAAACAAUGUAUAGACACAUUCAGGUACUUUCAAUACAACAUGAGUCAAUGUUUGUUUAAUAUUUUACUCAGCAAUAUAAAACACAUCACAUUAAAUCCAAUCCUCCUAACAAAACCCCUAGGAGUAAAAGGGAACAACAAUAAAAACACGCGGAAGGGUAAAUUUAAAGAAAUCUCGCAGUAAUAUCGCUACAAUUUCUACCACUUUCACUCUUGUAAUUGCAAUGAAUGUCGCACGGGGGCGCCACUGAACCACAACAUUAAAGCUUGGUUUGAUAUACUUUGAAUUUAUUUUUUUAGAAAGAAGACACUAUUUUAUAUCACAUUGGUAUUCAAGUAAAUAAUACAGAAAAGAAAAGCAUGGUAUCAGUGACAGCAGGCAAUAUCUUAUAUAGAGCUACCUCUUCGUACACUCGGCUGUGACGUCAUUCCAGCUUCGCGCAGAAUAGAGCAGUACUGCCUUGUAACGUCAAGUGUGCUAACUGUCGUGAAAGCACAUCGGCGGAGAAGAGACGUGCACAAUACGCUAAUAAGUCACUUAUUAUUUGUUAUCCAGUUUGAAAUAUUUACGGCGUAUAGGAUACGUAUUUCAUUCUUCCUUUAAGGAUAAAGUCGUCUCGAUGCGCUAAAAGCACUGUGCCGCUUCUCGUGCCAUCUUUGCUUUUUAGUUAGCUUAGCUCGCUAGUUAGCUUAGCUUGUUAGCUGCUAACAAAGAGACGCGGACGUUAUCAACACAUCGCUAAGUAGAGAUCAAGUGUGAGAGUAAAGUGUUGUGAUUUUGUGAAAAUGUGCGAAAGAACGAUAGCAAAGUAUGAGGAGGAACUUUGUCCAACAAAAGAGGAGAAGGAGCGACAACAUCAACUACUGGACGCUGUUUUCAAGAAACAUCAAGUUGUAUUACGCAGAACAGACGUCCAGCAGCCCCCCCAUAUUAAAGAGGAAGAUGAGGUAGAGUGUCUUCUAGGACAGGAGGAGGCUGAUGUCAGCAAGUUUCCACUGACUGUUGUCUCUGUGAAGACUGAAGAGCAUGAAGACAAACCACCUGAGUCCUCACAGCUUCAUCACAGUCCAAACGUCCAGCAGGUGUCAGCGGGGAGUCAUGAAGAGAUUCCCUCCGGGCAGCAGGAGUGGCACACCAGUGUGGGACAGAAGGAGCUACAGGCCCCCUCCCACAUUAAAGAGGAGCAGCUUCAUGAUGAAGAUGAAGCUCAGUCCUUACAGCUUCGACAUAGUCAAAGUGAGGAGAACAGAGGGGCGGAGCUUGUAAGUCAACACAUCACAGAAGCUGAUGGAGAGCAUUGUGAAGAUAUAAAGUCAGAACCAGACAGCAUCUUUGCUCCACUGUCAGACAUGGACCACAUGAUGUCAGACUCUUCUGAUCACAGUGACCACAUCCAAAAACAUUUGGAGAGUAAAAAUGACUCUAAAGGUGAUACGAGACAUCACACUAACAACAAACACUUUGACUGCUCUGAAUGUGGAAAACCAUUUAGAAGGAAGAGUCAUUUUACAGAACACGUGAGAAUACAUACUGGAGAGAAACCUUUUACUUGCUCUGUUUGUGAGAAGAGUUUCUCCACAAAGUUUAUCAUGACCAGACACAUGAGAACACACACUGUAGAGAAACCUUUUGCUUGCUCUGUUUGUAAGAAGAGUUUCUCUAGAAAGCUUGACAUGACCACACACAUUAAAAUACAUACUGGAGAGAAAUGUUUUACUUGCUCUGUUUGUAAGAAGAGUUUCUCCACAAAGCAACACAUGACCAAACACAUGAGAACACACACUGGAGAGAAACCGUUUAGUUGCACUGUGUGUGAUAAAAGGUUCAGGUUUAGGAAUCAGGUCAGUAAACACAAGUGUGUAACAGUCAUGGAAGCUGCAGGGAUUUAAAAACACUUAAACAGUGAUUGUGCUAAAUGUACUUAAAAAAAAAAGCAUGUUUAAUAUGAAUGUAUAUUUGAUGUUGUUUGUAAUGCUUCUCAUCUUCUAGUGUUAUAUGUUGUCCUGGAAUUACUUUUUAAGUUGUGUGCAUUUAUUGAAUAUCAUAUAUGUAGCUACUAUUUUAUUUUUUUCUCUUCUUUGAAAAGAGGACAUCUUAUUAUUUAAAUUUGUUUUUUUCCGUCUCUUUUAAAAUCAGACAUUUUUUCAAUUGCAUUUUAUUGAUGUUAUUAUCCAAUUAUUAGUAUGAAUGAAUAAAAUUGUUAACAAAUUGCGGACUCUGGUAGAUUAGCAGCAUUGUUACAUCAUGGAUGUUAACUACUGCAAAACAUCAACAAAGAAGAAAAAGGCUGAACUUUGGAGCCAUCUUGAGUGGAGUUGGUUGUUUUUAUUGCUGCAUUUGUACUUAUUUCACCUCACAUCUUCACUUUUAAUCCUAAAGUCUUCCUCAAAUAUAUUGUUGUUGGCUUCUAAGAUUCAUGUUUAUGAUGUGUGUGUAGUCUGUGGAAAGGGUUGUUGUCACUUGUG